AUGACGAUGGUGACGGACCCGACUCUCGACGAUGACAGGUGGGGAUUGUUUGUACCGUACAAGCGCAAGUUUUGGUUCGAAAAGAACGAUUAUGACGUCCCUGAAUCCUAUUUCUACCAGAACGGCGAGGAGAUUCAUCCCAAUACCAUCGAGUUGGUCAAGAGAUUUCUCAAACAAGUCCGCGAAUCCAGGGGUUAUGACGUGGAUUGCUACCCGCCUCCGAUGUUUAAAUCUCCAUUCUCACCACUUCCACUGGAAAUGAUGCGCCAGGGUACAUGCAAUAUUGAUAAAUGCGGCUAUGCUAGAGUUGUCGGAGCAGCCGAGUUAGCAAUUCAGAAUAUCUGUGAAGAGACUGGUCACAGAUAUAAGCUUGUGAAAGUCGAGAGGGCUGUCCGUGUCCUGACCAGGCCCGGGGUGUACUUCUUGACUUUGACUGCCGAGGAAGAUGGUGGCCCUGUGCAAACUAUUCAAGCCGCGGUCUACUACUCCAUUGAGGACCAUCCCGUCCUUCAAGAGUGGAGGUUCAAACCACUCCCUGCUCAAAAUGCCUGUUAUGUAGCUGUGCAGACGCAGAGCAAGAUAGCACUAAUGGGGUCUAAAUUUGAUGCCGACAAGGCAAAAAGAUCUAUCCGGCAGCCGCCCCUGUAUGCACUGAGAGAUGCAAGUGCCAAUGUGAGAGCUCUCAAUAUCCAGUUUGCGAGUUGGACACAAAGUCAAUUACAAAACCAUCCAGAUGAGCUUUGGGGGGAUGGAGUGCAGGGUUACUUAAACCGUGCUGAAAGCAUCAUGGAGAUUUUUGGUGAUGCUGUUAAUUGGUUGAGAACAAAUGCCCUGAAACGAAGGGGUAUAGCCAAGAUUCUAUCUGAAGAUGCUCGGACUAAGCCUCUAUGGAAAGCUGCACGUCUCUAUAAUAAGAAUGGCCUUUUCACAUUUGGAGGAAGCGAUGUUUCAGUUCCUGGAGUUGGAAAUGCCAAUGCAGAAACAUCUAUCCGGCAGCUGCCACUGGAUGCACUGCCACUGAGAGAUAAAUCAUCAAGAUGGCAUGUGAGAAAUCUCAAUAUCCAGUUUGCGAGUUGGAUACAAAGUCAAUUACAAAACCAUCCAGAUGAGCUUUGGGAGGAUGGAGUGGAGGAUUACUUAAACCGUGCUCUAUGCAUCAAGGAUGAUGGUGAUAGCAAUGAAAAAGUCGUUACUCGGCCCUUUAUAAUGAGAACAAAGCCCGAGGAGGACAGAGAUAAACUUGCUGCUGCCAUUCAGGAUAACACGCCUGCAAGCUGA